GGGGCGAAAAAGAAAAUGCCCCAAUCAUUUUCGCGUCUCCCAAAAACGUUUCUUUUCUCUCUGAAGGGAGAAGGUACAGAGAAGGGAGAGAAGAUAAAGUGCAAAAAAACAAUAAAAUUAGUUCAAGUUUGAAAUAAAAAUUCGAACUUUUGGAGAUCUUCGGAAUCUCACAACUGUCACCACUGUUUAUCCCUUUCAGAUUAUGCCCUAGAUCUGAUCGACCAAUGCGCUGAAAACAUUUUUAGCGUCUGUGUAUCCCGGGAGUGAAGGAGCUUGUCCAAGUUAAGAUCUUUAGCUGUAAUGCAGCUUUGACUUGCUGAGUUUGUUUCUGGCUGGGAUUGUUUUUGCUUGGAAUUGACUUGUUUCCACGUUUGGAUCUGUACAAUGGUUUUCUGGGAAGGAUAUGUGAGCGAUGAAUUGAUGGGCACGUUUGCCCCUAUUGUGAUUUAUUGGGUAUAUGCUGGAUUUUAUCACUUGCUCCCGCCUUUAGAGAAGUAUCGGUUGCAUACUAUGAAAGACGAGGAAAACAAGAAUUUGGUUCCCUUUUCAACAGUUGUGAAGGGUGUUUUGCUUCAGCAGCUUGUUCAGGCAAUUGUUGCUCUAUUCUUGUUGACUACAACGACGAAUGCAUCCGGGGUUAUAGUGCAGCCUUCUAUGCCGAAGCAAAUCUUGCAGAUCCUUAUUGCGAUGUUUGUGAUGGAUACAUGGCAGUACUUUGUGCAUAGGUACAUGCAUCAGAACAAGUUUUUAUAUCGCCAUAUCCACUCCCAGCAUCACAGACUGGUGGUUCCUUAUGCAAUAGGAGCCCUUUACAAUCACCCUAUGGAGGGUCUUCUACUUGACACUGUAGGUGGUGCCAUCUCAUUUCUUGUCUCAGGGAUGACUGCAAGAACAGCAGUUGUAUUCUUCUGCUUUGCUGUGGUGAAAACUGUUGAUGAUCACUGUGGACUGUGGUUACCUGGCAACAUCUUCCAUUUGCUUUUCCAGAACAACACAGCUUACCAUGACAUUCAUCAUCAACUACAAGGGCUCAAGUACAAUUAUUCUCAGCCAUUCUUUUCCAUAUGGGACAGACUUCUUGGCACAUACAUGCCUUUCAAUCUUGUAAAAAGGCCUGGAGGGGGGUUUGAGGCAAGGCUGGCAGCGAAGGAAUAGUCACAUUGUAAUUCUUGAAACCCACAUCAGAACCCAUAUUUUUUUUCUUUAGGACCAGACCAGAGGUUUAUUAUAGGCAUUUCUCAAGUUGAUUGGAGCUUAGUGUUUUUUUUUUCAGUUCAUCUUGUUACUGUAGGUUUUGCCAACCCACCUUGUGUAGCAUAACUAUGAUGAUGUGAUUAAGGAGUUUUUUUUUUUUUUUUUUUAUAAUUAUAAUUAUUUAUUAUCAUGUACUUAAAACAAUUUUUCGAGGUGUAAGUUGCUAAAAGAGUACUAGAUUUUUACGUGUCA